AUGGUGCACGUGAAUGUCCUGGCAGAUGCUCUCAAAAGCAUCAACAAUGCAGAAAAACAAGGAAAAUGCCAGGUUAUCAUUAGGCCAUGCUCUCAAGUAAUCGUCAGGUUCUUAACUGUGAUGAUGAAGCACGGUUACAUUGGCCAAUUUGAGGUCAUCAAUGAUCACAGAGCAGGAAAAAUUGCUGUGAACCUCACAGGCAGAUUAAACAAGUGUGGUGUAAUCAGCCCCAGAUUUGAUAUUCAAUUGAAAGAUCUGGAAAAGUGGCAGAAUAAUCUGCUACCAUCCCAUCAGUUUGGGUUCAUUGUGCUUACAACCUCAACUGGCAUCAUGGAUCAUGAGGAAGCAAGACAAAAACACACAGGAGGAAAAAUCCUGGGAUUCUUUUUCUAAGGGUGUAAAACAUACAUACAAAUAAAAUGCUCCAAUGGACCAAAAAAAAAAAGAAAAGAAA